GCUCUACAGUGGAUGUGGUGAAAUGCUUUCUUGAAGACUUUUGAAGAUGAAUGCAGAGUUUUAUAGACGCAGACGACGAUUAUCGCAGAUAAUUUUUUAGUUCAUUGAAUAAAGAUGGAUUCAUUUGAUCUAAAAACGUUGUUGCUGGUUACGAUAUAUGCGAGCAAAAUUCUAAUGUAUCCAAUGAAAAUGAGAGUACCCCCGUAUAGUGCAUUAUUCAGCGAAGAUGAGAAGCAGAAGUCACUGAGCGCCGCUCUUUUGUCGAAAUUCGAGCAGAACAGCUUAAAAAACCAUUUGGAUGCCCCAGGAUGUCCACAUGGUCUUUCAAGGAUAAUGUUCCCACUGAAGUUUCAUUACGAUGACAAUCUUUUGGGACGAGGACUGGAAGAUCGCGUUAAUAUAGUGGACUUACCUGCCGUGAAGCAACCUUAUCAAAACUACAAGGUGCUGGUGGCAACCGCACCAGCCGGUUUGGAGCUCGACGAUGAGGACAGCAAAGCACUUACACUUUACGUAGUGUUUGAUAGUGACAAUGAGCACAACCCAAUGAACUUACCUGCUGUAUAUUUUGUUAAGAAAAGGCCGGGAGCCUCGCCGCGUGAUAAUAUAAGAGAUCCUAUUUUUGUAGUUGACAGCAACCGUACAGUCACAAAUUUGAGAAGUAAGGAAAUACAAAAAUUCCUCAAAUUCAGAAAUAAACUGACCAAUCGAUUUAGUAGAACCUCCGAUAGCGAAGAACUAGACAGUAAACAGGAUUUGGAAAUUAUACCCGAAGAGCUUAAAGAAUAUCUUAGAUAUGAUUAA